UGCGGUGUUUCCCGCGCGGGCUACCGAGUUGCAGGGCGUACGGCGCGGCCUCUCGUAACCGCUGCCGGCGCCUCCGCCGUCAUGGGUUUCCUUAAACUGAUCGAGAUCGAGAACUUUAAGUCGUACAAGGGGCGACAGAUCAUCGGACCAUUUCAGAGGUUCACAGCCAUCAUUGGACCUAAUGGCUCUGGUAAGUCAAAUCUCAUGGAUGCGAUCAGUUUUGUGCUGGGUGAAAAGACCAGCAACCUUCGGGUAAAGACCCUGCGGGACCUGAUCCACGGAGCUCCUGUAGGCAAGCCAGCUGCUAACCGGGCUUUUGUCAGCAUGGUAUACUCUGAGGAAGGUGCUGAGGACCGCACCUUUGCCCGCGUCAUUGUUGGGGGUUCUUCUGAGUACAAGAUCAACAACAAAGUGGUCCAGCUACAUGAGUACAGUGAGGAAUUAGAGAAGUUGGGCAUUCUCAUCAAAGCUCGUAACUUCCUCGUCUUCCAGGGUGCUGUGGAAUCUAUUGCCAUGAAGAACCCCAAAGAGAGAACAGCUCUAUUUGAAGAGAUCAGUCGCUCUGGGGAGCUGGCCCAAGAGUAUGACAAGCGAAAGAAGGAAAUGGUGAAGGCUGAAGAGGAUACUCAGUUUAAUUACCAUCGCAAGAAAAACAUUGCAGCUGAACGUAAGGAGGCCAAGCAGGAGAAGGAAGAGGCUGACCGCUACCAGCGCCUAAAGGAUGAGGUGGUGCGAGCUCAGGUACAGCUGCAGCUUUUUAAGCUUUACCACAAUGAAGUGGAAAUUGAGAAGCUCAACAAGGAAUUGGCCUCUAAGAACAAGGAAAUCGAGAAGGACAAGAAACGUAUGGACAAGGUAGAGGAUGAGCUGAAGGAGAAGAAGAAGGAGCUGGGCAAAAUGAUGCGGGAGCAGCAGCAGAUUGAGAAGGAGAUCAAGGAGAAGGACUCAGAGCUGAACCAGAAGCGGCCUCAGUACAUCAAAGCGAAGGAGAAUACCUCUCACAAAAUCAAGAAGCUGGAAGCAGCCAAAAAGUCCCUGCAGAAUGCUCAGAAGCAUUACAAGAAGCGUAAAGGUGACAUGGAUGAGCUGGAGAAGGAGAUGCUAUCAGUAGAGAAAGCCCGACAGGAGUUUGAGGAACGAAUGGAAGAGGAGAGCCAGAGUCAGGGCAGAGAUUUGACCCUGGAGGAGAACCAGGUGAAGAAGUACCACCGGUUGAAAGAAGAAGCCAGCAAGAGAGCAGCUACCCUGGCCCAGGAGCUAGAGAAGUUCAAUCGAGACCAGAAAGCUGACCAGGACCGGCUAGAUCUGGAAGAGCGGAAGAAAGUUGAGACAGAGGCCAAGAUCAAGCAAAAGUUGCGGGAGAUUGAAGAGAAUCAGAAGCGGAUUGAGAAACUGGAGGAAUACAUUACCACUAGCAAGCAGUCCCUAGAGGAGCAAAAGAAGCUAGAGGGGGAGCUGACAGAGGAGGUGGAAAUGGCCAAGCGGCGUAUUGAUGAGAUCAAUAAGGAGUUGAACCAGGUGAUGGAGCAGCUGGGGGAUGCCCGCAUCGACCGCCAGGAGAGCAGCCGCCAGCAGCGAAAGGCAGAGAUCAUGGAAAGUAUCAAGCGCCUUUAUCCUGGCUCUGUGUAUGGCCGCCUCAUUGACCUCUGCCAGCCCACACAAAAGAAGUAUCAGAUUGCUGUAACCAAGGUUUUGGGCAAGAACAUGGAUGCCAUUAUUGUAGACUCUGAGAAGACAGGCCGGGACUGUAUUCAGUAUAUCAAGGAGCAGCGUGGAGAGCCUGAGACCUUCUUGCCUCUUGACUACCUGGAGGUAAAGCCUACAGAUGAGAAACUCCGGGAGCUCAAGGGGGCCAAGCUAGUGAUUGAUGUGAUUCGCUAUGAGCCACCUCACAUCAAAAAGGCCCUGCAGUAUGCUUGUGGCAACGCCCUUGUCUGUGACAAUGUGGAGGAUGCCCGCCGCAUUGCCUUUGGAGGCCACCAGCGCCACAAGACAGUGGCAUUGGAUGGGACCCUAUUCCAGAAGUCAGGAGUAAUCUCUGGUGGGGCCAGUGACCUGAAGGCCAAGGCACGACGCUGGGAUGAGAAAGCAGUAGACAAGUUGAAAGAGAAGAAGGAGCGACUGACAGAGGAGCUGAAAGAACAGAUGAAAGCAAAACGGAAAGAGGCAGAGCUGCGUCAGGUGCAGUCUCAGGCCCAUGGACUGCAGAUGCGGCUCAAGUACUCACAGAGUGACCUAGAACAGACCAAGACACGACAUCUAGCCCUGAAUCUGCAGGAAAAGUCCAAGCUGGAGAGUGAACUAGCCAACUUUGGGCCUCGCAUCAAUGAUAUCAAAAGGAUCAUCCAGAGCCGAGAGAGGGAAAUGAAAGACUUGAAGGAGAAGAUGAACCAGGUAGAAGAUGAGGUAUUUGAAGAGUUUUGUCGGGAGAUUGGUGUGCGCAACAUUCGGGAGUUUGAGGAAGAGAAGGUGAAGAGGCAGAAUGAAAUCGCCAAGAAACGUUUGGAGUUUGAGAAUCAGAAGACUCGCUUGGGCAUCCAGUUGGAUUUUGAAAAGAACCAGCUAAAGGAGGACCAAGAUAAAGUGCACAUGUGGGAGCAGACAGUGAAAAAGGAUGAGAAUGAGAUAGAAAAGCUCAAGAAGGAGGAGCAGAGACACAUGAAGAUCAUAGAUGAGACCAUGGCCCAGCUACAGGACCUGAAGAACCAGCACCUGGCCAAGAAGUCAGAGGUGAAUGACAAGAAUCACGAGAUGGAGGAGAUUCGUAAGAAACUGGGAGGUGCCAACAAGGAAAUGACCCACUUACAGAAGGAGGUGACAGCCAUUGAGACCAAGCUUGAACAGAAGCGCAGUGACCGCCACAACCUGCUACAGGCCUGCAAGAUGCAGGACAUCAAGUUGCCACUGUCUAAGGGCACCAUGGACGAUAUUAGUCAGGAAGAGGGUAGCUCCCAGGGGGAGGAUUCAGUGAGUGGUUCCCAGAGAACUUCCAGUAUCUAUGCACGAGAGGCCCUCAUCGAGAUUGACUACGGUGACCUGUGUGAGGAUCUGAAGGAUGCCCAGGCUGAGGAGGAGAUCAAGCAGGAGAUGAACACACUGCAGCAGAAGCUGAAUGAGCAGCAGAGUGUACUCCAACGCAUUGCUGCCCCCAACAUGAAGGCCAUGGAAAAGCUGGAAAGUGUCCGAGACAAGUUCCAGGAGACCUCAGAUGAGUUUGAGGCAGCCCGAAAGCGAGCCAAGAAGGCCAAGCAGGCAUUUGAACAAAUCAAGAAGGAGCGCUUUGACCGCUUCAAUGCUUGUUUUGAAUCUGUGGCCACCAACAUUGAUGAGAUCUAUAAGGCCCUGUCACGCAACAGCAGCGCCCAGGCAUUCCUGGGCCCUGAGAACCCUGAGGAGCCCUACUUGGAUGGCAUCAACUAUAACUGCGUAGCUCCUGGCAAACGCUUCCGACCUAUGGACAACUUGUCAGGGGGGGAGAAAACAGUGGCAGCUCUGGCCCUGCUCUUUGCCAUCCACAGCUACAAGCCAGCCCCCUUCUUCGUCUUGGAUGAGAUCGAUGCUGCCCUGGAUAACACCAACAUUGGCAAGGUGGCAAAUUACAUCAAGGAGCAGUCGACUUGCAACUUCCAGGCCAUCGUCAUCUCUCUCAAGGAGGAGUUCUACACCAAGGCUGAGAGCCUCAUUGGAGUCUAUCCUGAGCAAGGGGACUGUGUGAUCAGCAAAGUCCUGACCUUCGACCUCACCAAGUACCCAGAUGCCAACCCUAACCCCAAUGAGCAGUAGCAGUAGUUCUGCCCUCCCACCCUGUCUGGAUCCCUCAGCUGCCCCUCUCCCAAUCUCUGGCUGUUUGGCUCCCCACCUUCCCCUACCUCCUGGCCAUGUUUGGUAUAGUCAUGGGAAUUUAGGCACUGCUGUCAGGCAUGAAGAAGAACAGAGGUGACGUUAGGUCUGGACCAAAAGUUCCUGAGCUACAGGGAGCAUCCUGGCCUCUGGAAGGAGGUGCUGAGCUGAGCUGAACUGAACUGAGCUGAACAGGGCCAUCUGUCCACUUCCUGCUUCCUGUCCCCUCGCGCCAUCACCCAUAAUCAUGGGCCCCUUGCCCACUGUAUGUGUAGGUAUAUGUGUGUGGGUAUAUGUGUGUACUCGUGUGUAUGUGGGUGUGUUUGCAAACUAAUAAAGGUAUUGGAGACUUGUUUUAUAAGGAGCCUAGGCUGAAUUUGAUUCCAAGAGAGCUUAGGAUGACAGCACGUCAGAGCUACACAAAGGUACUCAGGACCUCAUAGGAUUCUUAGGCAGUCACCUGAAACUGCCUUCAUUCAUUCAUUCAUUCAUUCAUUUAUGUAUUCACUCAUUCAUCAAACACAUACUGAACACCCACUAUUUGUCAGGCUGUAUGCUAGGAAUACAGAGCUGAACCAGACGUGAUCGCUACCCUCCUAGUAAGGAGAUGAAAAUGGGCUCAUGAAUUACUGAUUAAUAGAAUGUCAUAUGUAAGGGUACUUUGUAUUUUAGAAGAGUAAGAUCACCUUCAGGCUUCCUAGAGAAGUUUACAUUUGAAUGGGACCUUGACAAAUUAGUAGGAUUUGAUCAGGCACUAGGAGCAGAGCAAGGGACAGUUACAGGUUCUAGUCCCAUUUUUUAUCACUUACUAGUUUGACCUUGGGCAAGUCAUUUGACCUUUCUGUGCCUCAGUUUCCUCAUUUGUAAAAUGGGUCUAACAAUAUUACCUACCUCAUAGGAUUUAAUGAUGUCAAGCUCCUCACUGGAGGCCUUAUCCGUGCCUGGAGUUCACUAGGUGCUGACUCCUCAGAAUACAAACCUUUUCAUGCCUGGACCAUGAGGACUUCUGAUCCUGGUUCUUAGGAACAGUAGGAGCUUCCAAAUCUUGGAGUUGCUGAAUGCCCUGGUUGCUGGGAAAGUCCCACAGCACUGAUGGGGUUUGCCUGAUAAGUGAAGGGCCUAAGGAAGCCUAUAGCUUCAACCAUGUGUAGUAACAGUUCCUGAGCCCCAACAUGGGUUGUGAGGAAGUAGGGGAGAGAGAGCCUGUGCCACAUCCCAGCAUAACAUGUUGCGAGGUUCCUUUUGUGAGCUAAUCUGGUUAGUUGUUGGGACUUCGCAGAGGCAGCAAAGCCUGGUGCAGUGAGUUCAGCCUUCACUCAUUCACAUACACUGUCAGACUUUUGGCUUAUUCUAGUCUGUAUAUUUUUGUGUUAUAAAAGUUAAAUCAAUUUUAAUGACCCAAGUAAUGCAUGAAUCCAGUCUCCUUUUAAGAAAUUAGGUGGUUAAAGAUAAAGCUAGCCUCCUUUGACUGCGGCUUCUGAUCCUGAUCCCUUCCCCCUCCUCGUGUUUAACUGCUGUUAUGUUUGUUGUACAUCCAUCUAGACUUUGUUUUAAUACUUUUACAUACAGAUGUGAAUUCAUUGAAAAUAUUGUGCUUGAUGAAAUGGUAUAUUGAAUUGUUCUGCAGCUUGCUUAAUUUUUUGAGACCUAUGCAUGUUGCUACAUGUAGAUGUACUUCUUUGUAAUUUCUGCAUAGAUUGCCAUCAUAUGACUGUACCACAUUUCACGUACCCAUUUCUUUUGUGAUGGACAUUAACAUGUUUUCAGUUUUUGCUAAUGCAAAGUACUACAUGGAGUAUCCUUGUAGAUGUGGGAAAGUGUGUGUGAAAGAACAUAUGUGAAAGUUUUACCUAGGGAUGAUAGCUGGAAGUGGAAUUGCAGAGUCAUAGGAUUUUUAUAUUUUUGUUUUUGAUGGAUACUUCCAAAUUGCCCUUCUGUUUACUCAAUAUUUUUCCUGGGGUUAUCCUCAGCCUAGCAUUGUUACCUACUUUAGUUUCAUCCUAAGCAGUGAUAUCCAUGAAAUCACGGGUUUGAUGUGCUGAUUAUGUAUUUUUCUACUAUAUAUUAAAAUGCAUAGUUAUUAAAACAAACUAAAUUUGUCUGUGUUCAACCAAAAAGUCACAUACCACCAGUGCUACAUGUACCAUACUUUGGGAAAUGCUGGAUGAUACGGAACAGCACAACUUGGGCGUCAGACCUGGUUCAAAUCCUAGCUGUAGAAACUUGGGCAAGUUACUUCACCUCUCGGGACCAGUUUCCCCAUCUGUAAAAAGAAAUAAUAAGCACCUGCCUUGCAGUGCAGAGAAAAUUAAAUGAAAUAUGUUUAAAGCAAUCUAGCUAGUGCCAGGAUCGUUACAGGCCUUUAGAGGUAGCAAUUGCUAUUCUCCCCCACUUUACAGGUGUGGAAAUUGAGGGCCAGAAAGGUUAAGUGAGUCAGCAAGAGUGAUCCAGUUAGCAGAUAAUGGCUUGGAUUUGAACCCAGGUCCCCGAAUUCAGUCUAGUGAUUUCUCCACUAUGCACGUGGUUGUCAACUUUGGCUGUGUAUCAGAAAUCCUUGGUGAAGGUUCUUUUUUUCCAAAGCAACAUAUACAUGAAAUGA